AUGCCCAAAUCCCACAUCGCCUCUGCAGCGGCAGCAGCAGCUCGGCUCAGGAACCUCUUUGAUGCCAAGGACGUCGCAGAGCUGGUGGACGGCAUCCGGCAUGGCCAGCGACUGGCUGUCAGUCGGGCGAUCACCCUCGUAGAGUCCACUCGGCCCCAGCACAAGCAGUCGGCUGCAGCGCUGCUGUCACAGCUGUCCUUCCGUCCCGGCUCGGCCCCACCCCCGCUGGGCCUCCGGGUGGGCAUCUCCGGCCCCCCGGGCGCUGGCAAGUCCAGCCUGAUUGAGGCGCUGGGCUGCGCCCUCGUAAACGCUGGCGAGAAGGUGGCAGUCCUGGCCAUCGACCCCUCCUCGGCCCAGACCGGCGGCGCCAUCCUCGGCGACAAGACGCGCAUGUCCAAGCUGAGCUGCCUGGACGGCGCGUUCGUACGGCCCACUCCCUCCCGCGGCACGCUGGGCGGGGUGGCGAGGGCGACGGCCGACGCCGUUGCCGUCUGCGAGGCGGCGGGCUUCACCUGGACGCUCAUAGAGACGGUGGGCGUGGGCCAGAGCGAGGUGGCCGUGUCCCGGCUCUGCGACUGCAUGGCCCUGGUGAUGCCCCCCGUGGGCGGCGAUGAGCUGCAGGUGAUCAAGCGUGGCAUCACCGAGCUCGCCGACCUGGUGGUGGUCAACAAGGCGGACGGCCCCACGCAGCUGGCGGCGCGGCGUGCGGCCGCCGCCUUCCGCGGCACGCUGCACUUCCACCGCGCGGUUCGCCGAGCCUGGACCGCGCGGGUGCAGACCGCGUCGGCCCUGACGGGCGAGGGCGUCGGCGCCCUGGUCGACAACCUGAGGGAGUACAGGCAGGCCCUCCUCGCCAGCGGCGAGCUGCAGCAGCUGCGCCGAGACCAGGCGAUCCACCUCGCGUGGAAGGCGGCGGAGGAGGGGCUUCUGGAGGACCUGCGGUCCAGCGAGGGCGUGCAGGCCGCGCUGGGCACGCUGCGGCCUCAGCUCGCGGCCGGCAGCCUGGGGGUGCGCCCCGCCGCCGAGGCCAUGCUGGCUGCGCUGCGUGCGGAGUGGUCUAGCGGCCAGGGUCUGGUGGAAGGGAUCAGGCGCUAG